AUGGCGAGCGUCGACGAUAUCUUCAAGAGCUCAGGCAUUUCAGGGAAGCGCAAGCUUGAUCCCAUUCGAGAUCCAAAUGAGAUCUACAAGUCUGCAAAGCUCAACGCUGACAGCUCAAACCGACAUGCCCGAGUCGACGAUGCGCCGCAAGACGAUGACGAUACAGAGGCAGGACCAGCACUCCCUCCCGGCGACGAUGAAGACUUUGGCCCCGAGCUACCACCUGACGAUGACGAGGGUCGUUUCUUUGGAGGAGGAAUCACACAACAGGAAGAACAGAUCCUCGACUACGUAGACGAAGCUGAUGCUGGCGCCGCACCCGAAAAGAUUGAUGCUGCCUGGCUGCGCAAGACAGCACUCAACUUUGAGAAGCGCAUCAACAAGAACGCCGAGCUUCGCGCCAAGUUUGAGGACGAACCACAAAAGUUCAUCAGCAGCGAAGCUGAUCUCGACGCCGACAUCAAGGGCCUCUCCCUUCUAUCCGAGCACCCUGAGCUGUACCCCGAGUUUGUCAAGACGGGAUGCGUCGCCAGUCUAGUCAGCCUACUGGCGCACGAGAACACAGAUAUUGCCAUCGAUGCUAUCGAGAUCAUGGGCGAGCUGACGGACGAGGACGUUGACGCCGAGGACGAGCAUUGGAACGGCUUGGUAGAUGCCAUGAUGGAGGCGGAUGUCCUUGGUCUUUUGGUAUCCAACUUCUCCCGCCUAAACGAGGACGACGAGUCAGAUCGGAACGGCAUCUACCAUGCCCUCGGCGUCAUUGAGAACCUAUGCUCUAAGCAAUCUGUCACAGAACGUGUCGGCCAAGAUGAGAAGCUACUGCUAUGGUUGCUCCAGCGCAUCCAGCGAAAGGAGAGCCCAGUCUCGCAAAACAAGCAAUAUGCAGCCGAGAUCCUCGCCAUCAUUGCUCAAAUGGCCGUCGCCAACCGCUCACAGCUCAUCCGUCUCGAUGCCAUCGACCUCCUACUCCAACUCGCAGCCCCCUACCGAAGACGGGACCCAGACAAGGGAGGCGAGGAGGAAGAGUACAUGGAGAACAUCUUUGCUUCCUUGACAUCUCUCGUGGACGAAGUUUCAGGCAAGGCCAAGUUCAUCGAGGCCGAGGGAGUUGAGCUAUGCCUCAUCAUGCUCAAGGAGGGAAAGAAGAGCAAACCCCCAGCACUACGACUCCUAAAUCAUGCGGCGGGAGGCAACACUGGCACAGAAGUCUGCCAGAAGAUUGUUGAAGCUGCUGGUCUCAAGACUCUCUUCACACUUUUCAUGAAGACCAACGAUCACCGUCUAGCAGAGCACCUCGUCGAGAUCUUUGCAUCCAUGCUGCGGCUACUACCAGCCAACUCUGCAGAGCGGAUACGGACACUGGCAAAGUUUGUGGAAAAGGACUAUGAGAAGAUAUCAAAGCUCGUCAAGUUCCGGAGAGAUUACGUCGCUCGGAUCUCAUUAGCUGAGCAGCAAAAUGAGGCUGAGAGGGCUGUGGCAUCCAAGGAGGGUCGUGAAACAGCCGAGAUUGAGUGGCUAUCCCGGAGGAUUGACGCCGGGCUUUUCACACUGCAGACGAUUGACGUCGUCUUGGCUUGCGCGAUGAGAAGGUAUCCGUCAUCGGCGUGA